UCAUAUGUGUUACCUAAGGAAUAUGUACAUAGUAAAAAUCAUAAAAACAUUUAAAAAAACUAUUUGAAGUAAGUGCUUUCCUAUUAAUUUUUAUUUUAGUUCGCAAGAUAACACAAAAUUGUGCAUUUGGUAUAGACUUGUGAUUGACUAGUAACAUCACCCUGAGACGACAUGGCCGUCUUCAUGAUAAACAUCUGUAAAUUCAAUGGCUGUGGCAUAACAUUCCCAAGACUGGCGGAACUAAUUGAACAUAUAGAAGAUGUACAUAUCGACUAUGACCCAGCAGUAGUGGAGCAGAAGGAAGCUUCCCAGCCAGCAUGUAUCCCCCUGAGCUACGUGCUACGUUUCUUCACCGAGGCGUCGAAGCGCGAGAUCCACACUUUGCCGCCAGUCCCGGAUAUCCGCCGACGGCUGCUCUCAGCUCCAAACACACCAUCUGUACGGAGCAGCACACCUACUGGGAGCGAAGUGGACGAAGAGGAGCUUAUGAGUCCCUCUGAAGACAGCAAUGAUUCUUGGACCACCGUUGAAGAAUACAGCUCGGAGUACAUACUGCGAUAUGGCGUCAAAAUGAAUGCAAGUGCGUCUUCUGGUGCAUUGGGCCCGGCCGCUCAAGAGAAGCCGUUUGCUUGUCCAGUGCCUGGCUGCAAGAAGCGAUACAAAAAUGUUAACGGAAUUAAAUACCAUUCCAAGAACGGUCACAAAAAGGAUGGCAAGGUAAAAAAGGGUUACAAAUGCCAAUGCGGCAAAAGUUACAAAACGGCCCAAGGGCUUAAGAGCCAUUCGAUAACGCAGCACAUCGCCACCAGCGCCAGUAGCGUCGCCAGCGUCAGCGCCAGCCAGCCGCCGCCGGAGCCCGCUCCUCGCCUGGGCACGCGGCUGCCCGGGCUCGUGGUCACGGCCGCGCCCGGCCGCCCGCUCAAUGUCGUCGACAGCAUCGACGGUAACAAACUAGUCCGCAUCUAUGACAGCAUCAAGACCAAAGAUCUACCGUCGUUCACUAUACCAAAGCACAGCCUCACCAGCCUGAACAUCGUCGGCGCUAACCAGGGCUUCCGCCAUUCGGGCAUUCUCACUCCUAACUCCACGCCGGGCUCGAGCCCGGUCGAUAAAAUGAAGGCCGCCUCUCCGAGGGUGACCGUUCAGAACGCUCUGCCUCUCCCGCCCACUUAUGUCAACGAUAUCUCCAAUUAAACUUUCACGCUUCGCCGAGAUUGAGUUUUGACGGCAUGCAUGAAACGAAUUUAUAACUCACUAGAUAAGCUAUGAACGUAAAGUUCCUAUUAAAAAAAGUAAAAAAAAACUCACUCUCAUCUCUAAUAAGGCCGGCCAGACAUUCGGAACUUUCUAUUUUCCAUCCGGAGUUUUCUCAGAUUCCGAAUGGAAAUCUUCUGUACGUGUGUGUCCUUGAUUUUGUACUGAUUGGCUGUGUUUGGAAUCCCGUGUAGAAAAAUUCCUCAUGAAUGUGGUCGGCCUUAAUGAAUGUUUAUUUAAAUGUUCGUUUGGAACGCUCGAUUACAUAGUUUUAUAUUUUGUACUUAUGGUUGCACAAAGUACUCUUUGCACCUCCAUCUACCGAGCAAGAUGUACUUGUAUGCCAAUUUUUGACAUAGUUUAAAAAUGUUAUUUAUUUGAUUAUUUAUUUUGUUUUUGUAUUACGUUACCUUUAAAGUUUAUUGUGAUGAUAAUGAUUUCUAAGAAGAAGAUAAACUCAGAAUGAGACUGAUAGGUAUAGCGCCGGACCUUGAGCUAUGUCGCAACGAAUUGUAUCCAACGAAUACCUUACGUAGGAAUUCUUUUGAAAAUAAAGACAAAAAUCCAUAAAAGAUUUCAUGGUAACAAAUACUCACUAAAUAAUUACUACUAUGGUUCAAUAAUAAAGAUCUGGUUGCUUGUUAUAAACUCGCAUUAUAUUUAAAUUUUAAUCGGGUUAACAGCAAUAGGUGCUGUGAUAUGGGCUAGUCAUUUUCGUUGGAUACAAUGGGCAAGUGAUGUUGCAAUACGACGAGUGUGAGACAAGAAUCUUGACGAUAUAAAUGAUUAUUUCAACGUGUUUUGUUCUGUCAAUCUUGUUCUGAAUGCUUGGUUUUGGUUAGAUAUAAAAUAAUUGUGUACUUUGUACACAAUUCUAAGUUAACAUACGCUUUCUGUCUUCCUUUUUAGUGACUUAAAACUUUCCCAUGAUUUGGUAAAAAUAGCUUCUGAAAUCUUAGAAAAUUUAUUUUGGUAUUCGAAUAUCGACUCACUUACGAAUCUUACGAUCUUUCUUACAGUAAGUGUGUAAAUUUUGUGAUUUCUUAAAAUAUUUCUUUAAAAAUACUUCUAGGUACCAAGUUACCAACUAUUGUGUUGCAAAAUGACGGAACUUAUGACAGAACUUAUAAUUGAUCCCUCCAACCCUCCUUUUGUGCCAUUAUUUUAUACAAGAAAACUAAUGUGUACUUAAUAUUUCACACAUAAAUACUUCAUUCACAAAUUAAAAAAGUGUAAUCUUACGAACAUUUACAAAAAUGUUAGAUUUUAUAAUUAAGAUAUAAAAAAUUGACAAAAAAUAUAGAAUUUGUCCUAAGUGUCGUAUUAUGGAACUAGGUUAAAUUACAUACUCGUAAAUGUGAUAAUAAUAUAAAAAAUUAAAAAAAAAAAAGAUGCUUUUAAGCAAACACUUGUAAACGUAGAAGUAAGCCCAGCCACGCUGGUAUGAAUCUUAUGUAUUAUUUUGAGGCAUUAUUGAUUGAUAGUGUAAAAGUGUAUUUAUUUCAUGACUUUUAAUAACACUAAAAGUCAAAGUGAUCGAGAAUUCUUGUUUAAAAAACCUAAAAGUGUCUGUACGACGUACGUAUCCGCGUUAAAACGUACCUUUG